UUUGUUAACACAAAACGCCAAUUUUAUCGCCAUCUUUUAUAGAUUUCGGUGCUCUCUCUUCUCUCUCUCUCUGACUUCGGAGGAGAAAGAAAAAGAAAAAAAAAGAAGGAAAAAAAAUUCUUGUUUCAAACUUCAAUGGCGUUCUCGAGUUCUAUCGUCUUCUCUGUAACUCAUUCAUCUUCUUCGUUAGCUUCGCGUCCUUCUUCUGUGAUCAGCAAGCAGAUUCCGUUUCCCGCUCAAAUUGCUUCUCCAGAUCUAUCAUCUGCUUUGUUCGAUGAUCGUCGCAAGUUCGUCGGAGGUGUAAUGUCUCUCUUGACAAAGAGUAUAAGAAACCGUGUAUAUGCGUCGAUUAACAGCAUUGAUGCCACUACUCCAUCUUAUCCGAAAUCAGAAGAUGAUGACGAUGUCGUUCCAAUGCCAAUGGUUAUGAUAGACCAGGAUGCUGACCCUGAAGCUACCAUUGUACAACUCAGUUUUGGAAAUCGUCUUGGGGCUCUCAUUGACACUAUGAGGUCGCUGAAAGACUUGGGAUUGGAUGUUGUCAAAGGAACUGUCUCAACUGAAGGAUCUGUUAAGCAGACCAAAUUUUCUAUAACAAAACUAGACACUGGUCGGAAAGUGGAAGAUCCUGACUUGUUGGAACAAAUCCGAUUAACGAUCAUCAACAAUCUCUUGAAAUACCAUCCGGAAUGUAGUGAGCAACUUGCUAUGGGUGAGACCUUUGGAAUAAAGGCUCCAGAAAAGAAGAUUGAUGUCGAUAUUGCGACACACAUUCAUGUGAAAGAAGACGGACCAAAGAGGAGCCUGCUUGUUAUAGAGACAGCAGACAGGCCAGGUCUUGUAGUAGAGAUGAUCAAAGUAAUGGCUGAUAUCAACAUAGACGUGGAAUCCGCAGAGAUAGACACAGAAGGAUUGGUUGCGAAGGACAAGUUUCACGUUAGCUACCAAGGGCAAGCACUGAACAGAUCUUUGUCACAGGUUUUGGUGAACUGUCUGCGUUACUUCCUGAGAAGGCCUGAAACUGACAUUGACAGCUAUUAAUAAGCUUUUGUUUGCUCCAAACAGAAACUGAUCUUUCUCCUUUAUCUGUGCGAUCUAUCAAGUCUUGUGUUUUGAAUAUGAUGUGGAAACUCUUAAUACUAUACUGAACCAUUGGGGCUAAAGAAUAAAGAUGGUUUGGUUCUUCUUUCACUGA